CAAAGCGGCGGAGGAGGCGGCAGGGAUGUUCCCCAAAAAACCGUACGACGACCCCGCCGCCGCUUACGGACCACCCCCGCCAGCCUUUGGGCCACCACCGCCGGGAUUUGGGCCACCGACCGGCGAUUUCGGCUACGACUUCACCUCCCGCUCGCCACCACCGGGCUCCUACUACGUGGAGGACGUUCCCCAACAUUUCUACAAGUGGUGGUCGCCGCCGGGGCUGGUGCGGGCGCUGGAGGCCGCGGUGAUGCUGCUGUGCGUCGCCGUCUUCGCCUGCGUGGCCUCCACGCUGGCGUGGGAAUACGGCUACGGCUACGGCGGCGUCUACGGGAACGGCCUGGGAGGGUUCUACGGCUCCGGUUAUUUCGGCGGAGGGGUGAAUUACGGUUACGGUUAUUACGGCGGCGUCACCAACCCGCGGACGGCCAACGGCUUCAUGAUGGCCAUGGCGGUGCUCUGCUUCCUGGCCCAGCUGGGCUUUUUGGUGGCCGGUUUGAGCAGGUCGGGCGGGUCGAGGUCGCGCCGGUUCUACCUGGCGGUGCUGGUGGCGAGCGCGGUGCUGGCGUUGGUGAUGUUGGUGGCCAGCAUCGUCUACGUGGUGGGGGUGAACCCGCAGGCGCAGAUGAGCGGCGGGGGCUACUACUACAGCCCGCUGCUGGCCAUGUGCAGCCAGGUGUACGCGGGGGGAACCGUGCUCAACCAGUACCUGUACCACUACUGCACCGUGGACCCCCAGGAGGCCGUUGCCAUCGCCUGCGGGUUCCUGAUCGUGCUCCUGCUGUGCCUCAUCUGCCUCUUCGCCCACAAAACCCGCAGCAAGAUCUGGAAAUACGGAAAACACAACAUUUACUGGGAUAAAAUCCCGGCCGCGCCCGAGGGGCCCGACGUGGAGGAGUGGGUGAAGAACGUGUCGGGCGGGACGAGCGUUCCGGACGAGGCCGCCACCGUCGCGUACUCGGAGAAGGGCGCGACCCCCCCCUACAGCCCCCCCUCGUACAGCGACCCCCCCCAAAUCGGCCCCGGGGCCCCCCCGACCCCCGGCAGCCGGAAAAGCGACCCAGACCCCGCCACCCCCUCGGAUGACAAGAGCCGUUCCCAGCCCCUUUCCAAGCCCCCCGCCCGCCGGGGCCGCCGCCGGGGCCGCCGCCCGCCCGAGCCGGACGAGUCCCAGUACUCCCAGUGCUCCCAGUACGAGACCGACUGCACCACGGCCGCGGAUUCCGGCGAUGAGCGCGACCGCGAGCGCUGGCACAGGCUGUUCCCCCCGGUUGUGUCUCCGGGCGCUCGCCGGCGCUACAAGGAGGAGUUUGCGCGGGAGCUGCGGCGCUACAAGGAGCUGUGCGCGCACAUGGACGGGGUCAACGAGCGCCUGGCACAGCUGGGCCGGCAGCUGGAUCAGGUGCCCGAGGACAGCCCCCAGUACCAGGCCCUGGCCGAGGAGUACAACCACCUCAAGGACCUGAAACGGAGCCCGGAAUACCAGGAGAAAAAACAGGAAUCCAAAACCCUCCGGAAUAAACUCUUCCACAUCAAGAGGAUGGUGAGCGACUACGACAAACUCCGGGGGUGACCCCGAAACCGCCACCCCAAAAAAAAACCAAAAAAGGGACAUUUUUUGGGGAGGGGACAUCCCCCCCAAAAAAAAAACA